UUGGCGCUUGUUGUUCGAGAUGGCGUUAGAGAAGAAGCCUCAGGUGGACCUGGGUCUACUGGAGGAGGAUGAUGAGUUCGAAGAGUUCCCCACGGAAGACUGGACAGGUUGUGAUGAGGAUGAAGAUGCCCAUGUCUGGGAGGAUAAUUGGGAUGAUGACAAUGUAGAGGACGACUUCUCUAAUCAAUUAAGGGCUGAACUAGAAAAACACGGAUACAAAAUGGAGACGGCGUAACCGC